AUGGCGGAUCCGGACCAAAAGAAUCGCCUCAAAGAGGUCGGCAACGAACAUGAGGCGAUCCAGCGGGACGCCGAAGAGACCUCACUUCACGUUGAUUCUGAGGACUACAUGACCGACGCUGGAAGCACAAAUGAUGCCAACCAACUCGACACCGAGGAGCCUUCACUUGAAUCUGAUCCCGAGGACGACUUGACUGACACCGAAAGUGUGGAUGAGUCCUUGGACUCGGAUAGCGAGGAAGAUCAGGCCGACCCAAGCGACUUGAACGACUCGGAAGACUUGGACGAAUCUCACAUCGAAAUCGAAUCCUCAGACUCCGACAGUAGCAAUGAUUCUUACCCGCUCGUACGACAGCGCAAGCCUGAGCCCCUUACAGAAGAGCGUAAAAUGGAACUUCUGCAGUGGGUUCCGUCGCAAAAGGCGGACUCGGACCGCAUCAGCAUGCUCGACAUAUCACUUGAAAUCCGGGAGAUCAUCUACAAAGAAGCUCUCGUUUGCGAAGGAUCCAUUUGCGCCCGUGAAGAUUUGCUCGAAUUUAGCCUUGAAUUCGACGAGGCGCAUGAUAGUAGCGACAGCGGAGUCGACAAAUGCCGCCCAUUCACGCAAAUAUUCUGUGUCUGUCGUCAGCUCUACGCCGAAUGCGAGAAGGUCUUCUACAGCUGCAACAGGUUCGUUGGCCGACCACAAGCCAUUCAUUCCUUCCGCGAUCACGAGAUUAAGUUCGUUCCAAGCCCCUACAACACCCUUGUCCGACGAGUAGAGUACGGCGUCUACUGGGAAAGCCUGCAAAAUUGGCCAGGUGCAUUCUGCGACCACCUCAACAAGGUUCGCGAAUGGAUGCCGGCCACGAACCACGUCCAGUACAAAUUGCGGUGGGCUGACAAUCUUAUCGACCUCGAUGGCAACUCAUCACCAGAGGCAUCACUGAAACGAACUGUCGGGCUUCUGAAGUGCUAUACUCUGAAAGAUCAGAAGCUUCCUGAAUGGCUUGAAUUCUCUAUCCAUGGCACAAAGGAAGAGGAAAAGCAUAUGGCGGCGGCCAUGGCGAUGUGGAGGAAGAAGACUGCAGAUAGUACUGGACUGGACGACGAAGGUACACCCUGA